GUGGGCACAGGUGGGUGGCACUGGUGGGCACAGGUGGGAGGGCACAGGUGGGUGGCAUUGCUGGGCACAGGUAGGUGGCACUUCUGGGCACAGGUGUGUGAAAUUGCAGAGUGGCACAGGUGGGUGCACUGCUGGGCACAGGUGGGUGCACUGCUGGGCACAGGUGGGCGGAACUUGCGGGUGGCACUGCUAGGCACCGAUCAUCAGGGCACUGAUCAUCAGUGCCCUGAUGAUCGGUGCCGAUCCCCGCUCUGACAACUGCAGGUUCUCGGCAGUACUUUCCUCACGAUCUGACAGCGUGAGGAAAGUGCAGCCGAGAACCGGCACUUGCAU